AUGCCAGAACCUUACAGGUUUGUAAUUCAAAUCACUUUUCUUAUCUCUCAAAUAUGGAUCGUGAUUAAAGAGUGCAAAAACGUUUCAAAUCCUGUCACAAGUAUUCUUGAAACUUUCUUCGAUAAUUCGGUUCAAAAAAUAAAGAAUAAAAAUAUUAGAAAUGAAAUAACUCAUCAAAGCUUUGAGAUGUCAACUUACUAUCUUCAGAAAAAGGAGCAUUGGAAGAUCUUACAAAUCAAUGAUUCGCUUUUAACUGCAAUCAUUUCACCAAUAAUAACGACAAUUUUAACAUUGAUACAGUUCGAGUUGACCUUUGAUGAUGAAUUAAGAAAUCGAAAAUAUUCUUGA